AUGGCGAACAUUAAUUCAAAAACACAAUUCUCAUAUUUCAAUUGCUUAACAGACAGAACUAUCAAAUACAUAUUCCCUCAUUUUUCAUCUUCGCUUCACAAAGAUUUACUUCAACAAAAAAUCGAUGGCCAUUCACAAAAUGCUUAGACGGUCUUUAUCGGCUGAAAAAAGAUCAAAUGAAGUUCCGAAGGGGCAUUUUGCGGUUUACGUCGGAGAGAGUGAAAAGAAACGCUUUGUUAUUCCAUUAUCGUAUUUGAACAAUCCUUUGUUUCAAGAAUUGUUAUGCCAAGCUGAAGAAGAAUUCGGAUUCCAUCAUCAAAUGGGCGGCCUCACAAUUCCUUGCAGUGAAGAGUUAUUCAUUGAUAUCACCACUCACUUGAGCAGAGCAUAAUAUAUAGACUAGGUUUCAUAGAGCAAUACUUUUUUUUUUGUUAGCUAGUUCCAGCUGGACAUACUUCUUUUUUUAUUUUCAGACACAGAAGAUACAUAUUUUGUCUCGAGAAUUUAAUGAUAUUAUUACCUUGAAAAGAUUCCUA